AUGACGUCCCAUCCACCACAAAGUCAAACCAUGCUCCUGAGCAAAAGAAUGUCCACCUUCCUACAGAACAACAUAUCGCCACAUCUCCAUACACUAAUGCUGCUGACACCCACCGGCAAGCUUCUCAGUACCUCUUCCAGUUCUCCGGCCUCGGUACUGCGUCAUCAAGGUACUCUCGCCCUCUCACUCUGGACACUCUACUCACCUUUCCCGGCGCAAACCGUAUCGGAUGCGCUCCCUCCCAAUGGCGAAGCGUCCAAUGGUCGCACUCCCAAAUCUCGAGAAACGAAGAGUAUACUGAUACAAAUGGAAUUGGGCAUCAUGGUGAUACGACUAUUAGCUUGUGGAUUAUUAUUUGUCGCGAUCGGACCAGCACCCGGAGUAUCAGGAACCACCACACCGCAGAUUCAAAGGGAAGGGAUGAUUUCGAUAUCGCAACCAGCGUCACCAGAAGGAGGCCACGAGAGGGAAGUUAUCAGGAGUGGAGAAGGGAGCGAGACGGCGAGUUUGAGGAGUGCGAGAGGAGGUGGAGUGGGGAUCAGCAGUAUGAGAAGACAGGCAGAGGAAUUGGGAAAAUGGUUAGAGGGUGCAUUGGAUGGCUUGGUGUUGAGCACCGCGGAACGAUAA